AUGGCGUUGGCACUGAAGGCACUGGCGCCCAGGUGCGAUGCGGCCCCUGAGAACCAAGACCACCAUGCGCGUCGUGUGCUGUAUGCCGAGCUGGAGCUGCUGCGCCUGGACUACGAGGAGCUGCUCGAUGCCCAAGCGGCUCAGUUGUCCGACGGCAAAUCGGCGGCUGCUGCUAAUGCGACGCUGUCAUCGUCGUCCUCGUCGUCCACAUCCGUCUCGGCAGCGUCAUCAGCGUCAUCAGCAUCAUCGGCAUUGACUUCGGCUUCGGCUUCGGCUUCGGCAUCGGCAUCGGCGGCUGCAGCGACUUUUGCGAGCGACGCGGCUUCAGCUGCGGAUGAUGACAGUCACGAGGAGACGCUUCCGGCUGCUGACUCUGGCGCUGUGACUGCUGCCAAGCAGCGCAAGAGCACCAAAGCGAGCACCACCAGCACCACCACCACCACCACCACCACCACUGGUCUGAGCAGCAGCGAGGAUCCGACCAUGGCAGAGUUCAAUCGUCUGCGCGCCAGACUCGCCCUCAAGCCAAACCGGAGCAAAACGCCAAUGAUGGCGCUGCGAAUGUUCGCCGGCGUUGUCUACAUUAUUGCGUUUGUCCCACUGUUCUACCUGUUUGUCCCGAUACGGCCGCUGCACAUUCUGCUCCGAAAGGUCGGGAUCAAGAACAACUACCUGCCGAUGGACUUGCUGCACCGAGCAUUUGCAAAGGGCCUGCUGCGUGUGUGCGGCGUUGUUCUGCGUGUGGAUGGGUACGACCACUUGGACUGCAACAACCCCACCGUCGCCAUGUUCAACCACUCUUCCUCAACCGACGUCGUUGCGCUCACUGCCGCGUGCCCAGUCGCGUUCAAAUUCGUUGCCAAGAAGCAGCUCUUUUACGUCCCAAUUAUCGGCUGGGCGCUUGGGUUGAUUGGGCACAUUGCCAUUGACCGAUCCAACCUUUCCAAGGCCAAGCUCUCGCUCGAGAAAGCCGUUCGCAAGAUUCAUCGAUGGGGACGGUCCAUUGCCAUCUCACCCGAAGGCACUCGCUCCAAGUCUGGCCUCAUUGCCGAAUUCAAGAAGGGCCCCUUCCAUCUCGCUCGACAGGUCAACCUGCCAAUCACCCCCAUCAUCAUGACCAAUGCGUUCGAGCUGUGGCCGCACGGGCAGAUCUGGACCGAGCCUGGCGUGGUUGAUGUCCACUUUUUGCCGCGCAUCACCAUCGAAAAGGACGACACUGUCACUUCCCUAUCCCGCAAGGUGCAUCGCAGCUUUUUGCAUGGCUCGCUCCUUCGCCCAGUUCAGGGUGCGCAGAUUUUGGGCUCGACGUGGAGCAACUUUGCCGCUCUGAGUCUGUUCUACGCUGUUUUCUUCUUUCUCGUCUCGUUGUUCCUUGCGUGA